GCGAUUGGCUUUGGUUGUUUGAGCCCCUGCAGAAUAGCGCACUUUGCGGUGCUUCUUCCGGAAUCGCCUGCUGGGGACUGCUUGCUGCAUUGUUUCUGAGCACAGAUCUCUAGGAGUUUCCAUGGUGAUGAAGAAAGGAUUGGCGUCUGAAUCUGGUUUUUGUGAAAUGGAGGGGUCUUCUGCAGAAGAAGAGCUGGAGAGAAGGAGCAAGUUCCUGCACAGCUUAAUACAGAAGAAGAAGAAGGAUAAGAACGACGUCGUAGUGGUGGAGCAGAAACAGCAGCAGCAGCAGCAGCUCAGUGACGAUGUUCUGAAGAAGAUACGUGUUAGAGCCUCGGAUAUGCCUCUUCCCUUGCAGAACCACGCCUUCAAAAUUUCCAGAGCCCUUCUUGACUCCAUGGCUUCUCCCAAGGUCGACAGCAAACGCCUCGCUCUCUCACUCAAGAAGGAGUUCGACUCUACGUACGGACCCGCGUGGCAUUGCAUAGUGGGGACGAGCUUCGGGUCUUACGUGACGCAUUCGCUGGGUGGAUUCUUGUACUUCUCCAUCGACAAGGUUUAUGUUCUUCUCUUCAAGACUGCUGUUCAGCCUUUAUAGUUGGAUCAAUUGUGAUCAUAUUCUGCCCAUUCACCAUCAAUCUUGUGCUAUAUCUGUUUUCUGGAAUGCAAAAUCGAUGGUCCAUUCAUGGUGAUUGGUUUUGGACGGGACCGUAGAUUUUUUUUUUUAAUCAUUUUUAUGUUGGUUGGGGAAGAAAGAAUCUUAGGAAGAAGAUUUCGAAAAGAAACAAAUGAAUGUUACUUUUGACUUUGUCUUUGAAUGCUAACAUGGUGUUUUUUAUGACA